GGUAAAAUGGGAAAGUCCAUUCACUUUCCGCACACUUCACGACUGUCACUGGUGAUAAUUUCGGUAGUUGUAUCGAAAAGUACCGACAGAAAAGUGCUGCAAAAGUCAUGUUCUUGCCACCGAAUAACAGGUUAUCAGAACCAUACAUGUAAUUAUGAGUGACACACCAAACAACGCUGGUCAUACAAAGUCACAUGUCAUGUUGUGGUACAUAAUGUAAACAAAUCUUUCAAAUAUGUGCUAAAUUUAGUUGAUUAAGAAAAAGCCAUAGCUGAACUUGAAAAAAAGUUUAGUAACUUAAAAAAAACUUGCCAGCAACCUUUAAAGAUCAAAAGGCCCCAUUAUGAAGUUUCAGAACUUGGGCAAAAUGGUAUUUCCCAAAUUAAUGGUGCUGUGCCUAGCCCUGCUAGUGCUUCCGACCAGAGCACAAAACGUCAACCAACAAAACUGUGAGACCACAGACAGCAACGGCACCACGCAUUACCAAGCGUGUCUUGCCGAUGCAGAGGUGCUGUAUAAUCUCAACAUCUUGCCGACAGUGGAACCAGAGGACCACACAUGUGGGUAUGGCCAGACCAUCAACGAAAAUAUUUACUGCACGCUGGACAUUUCCAAGGAGUGCAGUUUGUGUGAUGCCACCAAUGCGAGCCUGUCUCACCCACCUCAGUACAGCUACGAUCAGCCCACCCCAGGCCAGCCCACAUGGUGGCAGUCAAUCACCUGGUACAACUACCCUACCCCCUUAGAAGUCAACCUCACCCUCUCCCUAAACCACUCCUACACCAUCAACAGUGAGAUCAAAAUCGUCUUCCAGUCCAGCCUGCCGCGCCGAAUGGUCCUCGAGAAAUCCUCCGAUUACGGCCAAACAUGGCAGCCGUAUCAGUACUAUGCGUACAGCUGCAGUUACUUUGGGAUGACGCACGCGGACGCUGCCGCUACCCCGACGGAAGUCAUCUGCAGCGAGAGUUACAGCAGCGGGCCCCAGACAGCACUGUACUCAGGCGGUGAGGUCCUGUUCACAGUCCAGGACCGCCUGACUCUUCUGACCAGCUCCCCUUUUCCCCAGGAUUUCCAGAGGGCGUAUGAGAAUGCCACAGAACUGAAGGCAUUCUUGGAAGUGACAGACCUGCGGCUUCGUUUGCUGUAUCCUGCCACGGACGGCUUGGAAUGGACGUAUCAGUUCCAAAGCCUGAUCCAUUACUACUAUGCCAUAUCCAACAUUGGCACCUUCCUCAUAUGUAACUGCAACCUGCAUGGCAAAUACUGUCACGUGAAUGAUAACUCAGAGACAGUAUGUCAAUGUUCUCAUAACACCAUGGGCAAAAACUGUGAACAGUGCCUCCCUCUGUAUAACAAUCGGCCAUGGGCGGCCGGUUCCACCCUUCCCUAUCCAGGGGGGACUCCAAAUGAAUGCGAAAAAUGCGUUUGCAAUGAACAUAGUGAUAGUUGCACCUAUGAUGAAUCCCUCGGCCAGGGAGUAUGUGAUGACUGUACAGACAACACAGCUGGUCCAUCCUGUGAAAUCUGCAUCAGCGGUUACCACAGAAAUACCUCUGUCUUGGCCAGCAGCCCAGAUUCUUGCAUUGAAUGCAACUGUGAGCCAAUUGGCACAGUGGUGAACGGCACAAGUUGCUCCCAGUUCUCUGUGGAUGGCAAGCCCGUUGGUCAGUGUAAUUGCAUUGACAAUGUGGAGGGCCGUGCCUGUGAUGUGUGCAUGGAUGAGUACUACGGACUGCUUCUAGAAGACCAACUUGGAACAUGUAAAGACUGCAAUUGCAAUCUCCUGGGCACCAUCAAUGCGAGCAAUGUCUGUGAGAAGCAGGCUGGAGCUUGCCCCUGCAAACCAAGCACGGACACCCGUACCUGCGGAGAAUGUAAAGAUGGUUACUAUGGAUACCCAACCACAGAAACUGAGGAGUGUGCAGCAUGUGACUGCAACGUUGGAGGUUCCACUUCACCGGUAUGCAACAAAGUCUCAGGUCGCUGUUCAUGCCGCAGUAACAUCACUGACAGACAGUGUGCGGUUACCGACCAAGGCUUUUACUUCGAGUUUCUUGACAGUAAUAGCUAUGAUUCUUGGGAGGCAGAUUCAGACUGUGUCCGGACCUCCGAUGUGCCUGUUGAUCUCUUCACCGGUGCCGGUUUUCAGACUUGUUACCAAGGCAACCAGGUGACAUUCAGGGGAGUCACAGCUGCCACCAGCCUGGCUGAUGCAUUAUUUUACCGUCCUGCCAUCCGCUACACCUACACCUCCAGUACCCCUUGGCAACAAGCCAACUUGAACAUUGUCGUUGCCCAAUCAGACGCCAACCCUUCGCUCUGCCCGGUGGCUGUAGGCACUUCCAUCUCAACGCUGGUCAUCAGCUUACCCCCUGGCACGGCAACAGCCUGGUAUGCCUCAGAGAGGGAGGCGUUGACGUUGGAUCGGCGGUGCCGGUAUGAUGUCACAUUGACGCUGAGUGCCAGAGGAACGGGAGCUCAGGAGAUUGCCAUUGAUGCCUUGGUGAUCAUGCCUGCCACUACAUCCUUCUCUGUCUACACACAAGCUGAUGCUAGCAUGAUGGAGUUUUAUACAGCAUGCAUCAGUAACAUGACAGCGAUGGCGACACGGCAGUCUGCUGUAGACCAAUGUCAGGCAUUUAUGUUUGCCGUGUCAGCGGAGGUCAAUGAUGGAGCAGUAGAGUGUGACUGUGACCCAGCUGGUACCGUCGGUAGUGGCUGCAGUUCGUACGGUGGAGGAUGUACAUGUAAGAGUGGUGUGGGUGGACGUCGCUGUGAUCGCUGCCUGCCAGGAUUCUAUGGCUUCACAGCACAGGGAUGUACACCUUGCAACUGUGAUGCGACAGGCUCACGCAGUCUGGCCUGUGACUUUGACACCGGCCAGUGCCCCUGCAAAUCAGGCAUCACCAUGGCCGGACAGCUGAAUGACCAAGGCACCGCUGGCGGUCGGCAGUGCAGCAACUGCCUGGCCAAUUACUACGGGUUCAGUACGGGUGGCGGAUGUCUGCCUUGCAACUGCAAUGCGGAUGGUUCGUCCAGCCUACAGUGCUCAGAGACUGGUGUAUGUGCAUGCAAGGAGACCAUUACAGGCACACAGUGUGACAACUGCCUGCCAGGAUACUUUCUAUUCUCAGCAGAUGGCUGCACGCCAUGCAACUGCAAUCUUGAUGGCUCAACCAGCACAAGCUGCCACCCUGACCAGGGCACAUGUGCCUGUAAACCCAACGCCCAAGGCAUCAAAUGUGACCGGUGUCGCCUUGGCUACUUCAACCUGCAACCAGCUAAUCCUGAUGGUUGUCAGCCAUGUUUCUGCUACGGCCAUGGGAGCCAGUGCAACGCUGCACCUAGCUACAUUGCAUCUACCAUCGCAGAUGCUUUCACCGUUGGAAGCUCCAACAGUUGGACCGCCACGGACCCAUCAGCCCUGACAGUCAACCCCAGCAACAUCAGGGUCACCCACCCUGCAACAUCCCCAAGUGCCUCCUACGUCUACCUGCUAGCCCCUGAGGCAUACCUUGGGAAACAUCUAGAUCUGUACAGCCAGCGGUUCUCCUAUACCAUGAAGCUAGACACGGGAACAGUAGAAACCAUGUCAGCCCAGUACCUGAUUGUUACUGGAGGAAGAAGCAACAUGGCGGUCUACUACACUGAUGAGGUGUUCAUUCCUGGGCUGACAGAGAGGCAGUUUGAGGCCACGUUUUACGAGUCAAAAUGGAGACUGGUGGAUUUGGAGAGAGUGCCAACAGUCAGCGAAUUUCAAGAAAUCCUGAGUGAUAUCGCCAGCAUUCGGAUCCGUGCAUCCUUCGGAGCUGGCACAGCCAGCACUUUCUAUAGCGUUGCCAUGGAUACAGCUCUGUAUGUCAACAACCCAGGGGAUUUCACCAGUUUUGUGACUACGAUGGAACAGUGCUCAUGUAAUGUGGCAACCAACACUAUGGGCCUCUCGUGUGAACAGUGCCAGCCUGGAACUUUCCGACAGAAUUCAGUCGGCACGCCCUUCGAUGCAUGUCUGCCCUGCGACUGUAAUGGCCGGGCCACCUCGUGUGACGCUGUGACUGGCAUCUGCGAGGGUUGUCAGUUAGGCACGGUGGGGGACCACUGCGAAAACUGUGCUGCCAAUGUGCAGGAACCGCUUUGUGAUAGGUGUCUGCCGGACCACUAUGGGUUUGGAACCGAACUUUUUGGUGGAGCAUGUUCACCUUGUAACUGCAAUGCGACGGGUACUGGUGGUGCUACACAGUGUGAUAUGCAGACUGGCCAGUGUCCAUGCACAGGCAACUAUGGUGGGAUGCUAUGUGAUGCCUGCCAGUUGAACUACUACAACUACUUCGUGGGCUGCUUGCGCUGUGACAUGUGCUAUGACAGCAUCUCGGCAGAGCAUACGGACCUCGCCAGCAGGUCAGCCAACCUGACUAACUUCAUCGCUACAUUGAGGGCAGCAGACAUGUCCACUACGCUGGGUCCAUUCUACACACGGCUGAUGACGGCUUAUGAUCAGACACUGCAGCUUGUUGAAACGACUAAUGCCGUCAUCAAUGAAGGUGACAAUCUAGGUACCCUUGUGAUGUCCCUGAACACCACCAUGCAUCAGCUCUUGGCUAGCCUUAGAGGCACCAUCAAGUCCGGCCUAGAGUCAGCUGACCAGAGCCUCGUGACCACUGAUGAGCUGGUUGGUCAAGCUCUGGAGGCUGUCGUGGGUGUGGAGCAGGCACUGGCAGGGGCAUACAAUGGACUGACAAGUGGUGAUAUCCAGUCCAUGCAGUCCAUCCUGAGUCAGCUAACGACUGACCUGGCCUCCAUACAGACCCAACUCAGCACUCUGCAAGCCUCCGUUGAUUCCCAAGAGGCCCUGCUCACACAGACAGUCACCAACUUGACAGAGAUUGCUGAAGACACAGUACAGACUGCAGAAAGUGCUCUGAUGACAGCGCAGCAAGCUCAGUCUGUCCAUGACAACACCACGGCCCACACUGCCGCCUUGGUCACCAAGGCCAACCAGGUCAGUGACCUGGGUCGACGGACCCAACAGGCCGUGUCAGAGGUCAAGAAGAGGGCAGAAGAAGCCAAGACGGCUGGGGAGGAUGGAAAGGGGGCAGAGCUAUCGGCAAGGAUAGGCCAGCUUGCCAGCGAUAUUGAUGGAGUGAUUGAAUCUGCGAUGACAAAGAGCACCGAGGCAGCCAUGAUUGAAGCACAGGCUGGGGUCCAACAGGCCGCCAAUAGCCACAUCAUCACAGAAGUCACCGAGACAGGGACCCAGACUGCCAGCCUGGUUACUGACGUAAAUUCAACCCUGACUGAUGUCAAUGCUCGCUAUGAUCGGGCCCUAGCAGCCAACCAAUCAACAAGCGAGGCCGUGACAACCUCCGAAGCGUCGUUCAGUGCCGCAGAGGAAAUGCUGAGUAUCGUACAGAAUUUUGACAGUCAAGCUAGUGAUGCUCAAACAGCUGCAGAUCAAGCCGUCCUGACGCAGCCUGACAUCCAGACCCUGACCACCCAAACUGUUGCCGUGGCAACUGAGCUGAGGGGUCAACUGACGGGGGUUUCUUCUGAUGCUCGUGACGGGCUGAAUGUGGCCAACCACGCAUUCAUGACAGCUCAAACUGAAGGCCAGAGCAUUGACUCGGUGAACCAACAGGCAACCCAGUUGGCCAGGGAGUCUUCCAUCAAGCUUCAAGACACCAAUCAGACAUCAGACUCAGUCCGGGCUGUCAACACGACCCAACUCCAGCCUGCCAAAGCACAGUGCGACACGUAUGCCCCACAACUCCAGAGUCUGGAGAGUACGGUGACACAGGCUAAUGCAGAUGCACAGUCUGCCACAGACCGGGCUCUGGAUGCCCAAACCACUGUGAACAGGCUCCUGGCAGAGAUCAGGAACAUUCAGCAGGCUGACCUGUCAGCUUUGCCCGCGCUGAUGGAGAGGAUUAGACAGGCGAGGGCGACAUUCACCCAAGGGGAUUUUGCCCAGUUGGUUGCGUCAUUGUCAUCUUCUGUCCAGGAGCAGCAGGCUUGGCUGGAGGCUUCACAGGCACAAGCUACAGAGAUUCAAUCACAGAUUGAUGCUUUGGAGAGCUUCAGAGUCAACUAGUUCAUUUGGAUUUGUUUGUAACACUGAGGUAAACAGUGUGAGAAUUUGGGUGCUUGGUUAUUUUGCUCAGACCCACCUCCCUAUCUUCAUUUCUUUGAAGAAACAUAUUUUGUGAAGGAAAUACAGACUUUGCAAAGUGUUGUGAGUAGCUCACUGUCAAGAUCUUUUGACAAAUACAUGUUAAUACUGUGUGCAUCUGUCAUACGUAUGCAGAUGUGUUGAAUUUGGGUGAGUUGGCAGGGUGAGUCAAAAAAAGCGGAACCCAAACCCCAACAAUUAUUUUUCAUAUUUGAACAAAUAUG